AUGGUCGUCUUAGCAGCCUCCAUCUGCACUCGAGGCGGUAAGGCUCUCCUGUCUCGCCAGUUUGUCGAAAUCCAAAAGUCGCGGGUUGAAGCCCUCCUCGCUUCAUUCCCCAAACUCGCAGAUUCCUCUACCCAACACACCACGGUUGAGAGCGAGAAUGUUCGCUUCGUCUACCAACCUCUUGAUGAACUGUACCUCGUCCUCAUCACCAAUAAACAGUCAAACAUCCUACAAGACAUCGACAGCCUCCACCUGUUCGGUCAGGUCGUCACCUCUAUUUGCAGAAAGCCCGACGAGCGUGAAAUCCUGCGCUAUGCCUUCGAAUUACUUUCUGCUUUCGACGAGCUCGUCACUAUGGGUUAUCGAGAGAACCUUUCCCUCAGCCAAAUAAAGACCUUCCUAGAAAUGGAAUCGCAUGAGGAGCGCAUCCAAGAGAUCAUUGCCCGUAACAAGGAACUCGAGGCUUCAGAGGAAAGGAAACGCAAAGCCAAACAACUCGAACUUCAGAGGAAAGAAGCUGCUCGAUCUGCUGCCUACGGUCGUGGAAUUGCUCCCAAGAUGCCUACACAGCCAACCUAUACACCCCCCUCUCGUCCUGAGACCUACGACACCUACGAGGCCGAAAAGAACAAGACGGCAAGCAAAUUCGCUGCCAGCCGGUCGACAAAGGGCAUGCAGUUGGGGAAAAAGUCAAAGACCUCCAAUGCCUUUGCCAAAGUUCAACAAGACCUUGGUCCCGAGGAAACAGAGGCAGCCAACACCGCGCCUGAUUCCACUACUCUUCCUGACCGAACUGCUUCAUCAUCCCAUGCACACCACGAUUCCGUCCAUUCCAGCACCAAUCCCAUAACUAUCACCGUCAACGAAACCCUAUCCGCGAAACUCUCACGAGAAGGAGCGCUGAAGUCAUUUGAAGUCAAAGGUGACCUACAGCUCAAAAUCUCAGAUCCCGCACUGGCAAAACUGUCACUUUCCGUUCGUGCUGUCGAGGGGCCACUGAAGGCUCAAUUCCGCACACAUCCCAACGUUGACCGCAACCUCUUCACCUCAACUAAAGUCCUUCAACUCAAAGAUACUACAAAACGAUUCCCUGCCAAUAACAGUAUCGGUGUAUUAAGGUGGCGGGCGACGGCUCCUGCGGACUCCAAUGAUGUCCUGCCCAUCACUUUCACCGCCUGGGUCAACAAGUCAGACGACUCGUACACCAUCACCCUUGAGUACGAACUUGUGGAUCCCGAAGCACACUCUCUACAAAACGUGAGCGUUACAAUCCCAUACAGUUCUGGAGAACCCGCCGUUGCGUCAUUUGAUGCCAUAUAUCAAGUCACCGGAGAUAGCCUUGAAUGGACCAUCGGAGCAGUUGACGCGAGCAACCCCAGUGGCUCCUUCGAGUUCGAGGCGCAAACAGACGAUGAGAGCGAGUUCUUCCCUAUCAGUGUCAGCUUCGAUCUGGAGAAGCCAUUUGUGGAGGUGGAUGUAUUAGGAGCCAAAUUGUUGGAGAUGGACGAGGAGGUUGACUUCGAAAAGACCAUCAGGGCUACCGCAGAUGGCUUCUUGAUUGAAUAG